CGCCCAGUGGCUCCUCCUGUCAUGGAUAUUUUCCUCUGACUUUCCGAAAGAUUGAAAUAUUUAUAAAAUAAAGUUGGAGCUAAUAAAAAGGAGUUUGAUAAGCCGCGUGAGUUAGUUAGCUCGUGAAUCGAGGGCUGUUGAGUGUUGUAAAUUGGCAAACGAGAUGAGAGGAAACUCGAGAAUAACCGUUUAACGCGUACGUUUUGCGGCCAAUAAAAGCUUCGGCAGAACGAGGGAGGGACACUCGGACGAGGCGCUAUUCUUGAGAAUAUUUUCAGGGGACGAGAAAGGAAGCCAGAAGCUGGCUAAAGUUCGCGGUGAGAGAGAAGUGCGGUGAAGGUCGACGAGGACUGAGAUAGGCGACGGAGGAAGAGGGUGGUCAAUAUGACUCCCAUCUUUCUCCUCCUGUUGGUGGCGAUCGACUCGAUUAUCGCCCAGAAUCAUGUUGGAAACAUCAGCGACUCACAGUUCAUCACGUACAUGACAAGUCCACCGAAGAUUCUCGUGAGGCCUCGUUCGCAGGAGGUCAAGGCCGGGGGGAUCGCCAGUUUUUAUUGCAGUUCCCACGGGACUCCGUCGCCUCAAAUUCAUUGGCGGAAGAACGGCAAGAAAUUUUCUGCAUCGCAGUCACGAUACUUGACGCAAACGUAUCCGAACGGAGCUCUGCUCAGGAUCAAUCCAGUGAGAUCGGGCAGGGACUCGACAAAUUGGGAGUGCGUGGCUGAAAAUGGAGUCGGGGAUCCAGUCACGGCAACUGCUCAGCUCACCGUCUACGAAGUGGAAGAUUUGCCGAGGGGUUUUCCAAUGAUAACUCAAUCGCCGACGACAAAAGUGGUGGAGAAAGGUCACAAGGCGUUGCUCCAGUGUGCGGCGAUAGGUUCACCGCCGCCGAUAAUAUCCUGGAUCCGGGAUAUGGUGCCCAUCAAUACCUCGAAUCCUCGGUAUACGGUUCUCGAAUCCGGGGCUCUGCAAAUUGAAGCGUCUGAUGUCGACGAUCAGGGACAGUACGAGUGCGUCGCGAACAACACCGUUGGCACGGAAUACUCCAAAUCAACCACACUUUAUGUCAGAGUACGCCGGGUCGCGCCAACUUUCUCGAUUCUACCGCCGGCAGUGAGCCAAGUGACUCUCGGCGAUUCGUUGAACCUCACGUGCGUCGCUGUUGGCUCUCCCAUGCCAUUCGUCAAAUGGCGAAAGGAACCGGCCACGGAUUUAACUUCCGAAUCUAAUAUACCCAUUGGCAAAAAUAUACUCAUGCUCACCGACAUUCAAGAAUCGGCGAAUUAUACGUGCAUCGCAUCCAGCGAAAUUCGAGUCAUCGAGACCGUAUCCAUGGUCAAAGUUCAAUCUCUUCCACUGGCACCCGAGAACAUAGAAGUCUUAGAAAUAACGGCAGAGACGGUGAAGCUCAUGUGGUCUUACAAGGGCUCCGACGAGAUCCAGUACUACGUGAUACACUACAAGCCGAAGCAAGCGAAUCAAGCGCCGACUGAAAUAUCAGGAAUAACGACCAUGUUUUACUAUGUCAGGAAUCUCAGCCCUUACACAGAAUACGAGAUGUACGUGACCGCGGUCAACGCUAUUGGACGUGGCCCUCAGAGUCUCCCGGUCAUCGUGACCACAGGCGAAACCACGGAAUCAUCAAAUGGAGGUUCCAAACCUGGUUCUGCGCCACGCCAGGUCCAGGUCCGACCACUGAGCUCGAGCACGAUGGUGAUACAGUGGGACGAGCCUGAAACACCGAAUGGUCAAGUCACGGGCUACAAAGUUUAUUACACGACCGAUCCUAACCAACAAAUGCAAUCGUGGCAGUCACAAAUGGUCGAUAAUAACAAACUCACGACAAUCAUGGAACUUACGCCACACACGAUCUACACCAUUCGGGUACAAGCUCUAACGAGCGUUGGUCCAGGACCUCUCAGCCCUCCGAUCCAAGUCAAAACCCAACCUGGCGCACCGAGCCAACCGGAAAACCUUUCGGCUAUUGACAUUGGGGAGACCGAGGUGACGCUCCAAUGGAGCAAACCGGCUCAUGGCGCUGAAAAUAUUAUCAGCUACGAGCUCUACUGGAACGAUACUUAUGCUCGGGAGAAGCAUCACCGGAGGUUACCGGUUACGGAGAAUUAUACGUUGACGUCACUGUACCCGAACACUCUGUAUUACGUGUGGUUGGCAGCGAGGAGUCAGAGAGGUGAAGGAGCGACGACGAUGCCUUAUCCGGUUCGGACGAAGCAGUUCGUACCCGGGGCUCCGCCUCGAAACAUAACUGGCCGAGCGAUCAGCCCCACCUCGAUUGAGGUUACCUGGGCACCUCCACCAACGGAAAGCUCCAACGGCAAGAUCAUUUACUACAAACUACAUGUCGUCGAGCAUGGACGCUCUGACUCUGAGGCAAGGGUCGUCAAACUAAACGACACAAGAUUCGUGUUGGACGAGCUCAAAAAGUGGUGCGCUUAUCGGAUUUGGGUGGAGGCAGGGACCAGCGUAGGUGACGGCCCACCGAGUUAUCCUAUCAAUGUCAGAACUUCCGAGGACGUGCCGGGAGAUCCACAAAACGUGAAUGUCACGGCCAUCAAUUCAACGACUAUUCACGUCGAGUGGGCGCCGCCCGGAGCGAACGAACAAAACGGCGUUAUACGAGGUUAUCAUGUUCACGUGCAGGAAGUCAGGGAAGAGGGCAAGGCGCUAUUGAACGAUCCAAUCCGGCGAGAUGCCCUGGAGGGAGUUCUGUCAUUGAACGUCACUGGCUUACAACCGGACACGAAAUAUGCGGUGCAAGUUGCAGCCCUGACGAGAAAAGGCGAUGGGGAUCGUUCGCCUCCUGUGCAUAUAAGAACUCCGGGUGGCGUGCCGAACCGGCCCCAGGUCAACGUCAAGGUUAUAAACCAAGAUCCCAUAGUUUUGGAACUCGAGUGGGCGAAACCGAGCUCCACGCAGGGACAAUUGACUGGCUACAGGAUAAAAUAUGGUAUCAAGAAUGAGACUCUCCUCGAAGAAUUCAUCGCUGACACGAAUCAAAAUACUUACAAAAUCCAGAACGUUGAGCGCGGUGUAUAUUACGAAUUCAGAGUAGCUGGCGAGAACGAGAACGGCGUUGGCCAGGAAUCAGUCCAUUAUUGGGAGAGUCCGGAGAGCGAGCCAUCGGGGCCACCGACCAAUUUAUCCUAUCACUUCCAAACGCCUGAUACAGUUUGUGUGACGUGGGAUCAGCCGUUGGAGCGUCACAGGAACGGCAAGAUAAUUCUGUACGACGUGCAGUUCCACAAGAAGAACGAUCACAGUAGUUCCGAGGACAGAAGUACGAACUUGACGAGAGCAGUUUUUACGAACCUGGAGGAACACACGGAGUACGUAUUUCACGUGAAAGCGUAUACGUCAAGAGGGAGCGGUCCGUUUUCGGAGAAAAUAACGAUACUGACGGAGAAGGAUAUCGGGCGUGCACCGAUGUCAGUAAAGGCGGUCGCGACCUCUGAAUCCAGUGUCGAGGUUUGGUGGGAGGCUGUGCCCAACCGGGACAAAAUAAUCGGCUAUCAAAUUUUUUAUACAAUGACAGCCGUCGAAGAUCUCGACACGUGGAAACAGAAGACUGUGGGACUUACGGAAUCAGCGGACUUGACGAACUUGGAGCGAGACACCGCUUACGCGAUCGCUGUCGCUGCCAGAUACAAAACCACGCUUGGUCGACUGAGCCAAAAAGUCACUGUCAAAGUCAAGCCCGAAGACGUGCCUCUGAAUCUGAGAGCAACGGAUUUGUCCACUCACUCAAUGAUUCUCACGUGGGACGCACCCCUGCGCUUGAAUCCGACCAAUUAUCGCGUUUCUUUCGACGCGAUCAAGGAAUUCGUCGACUCCCAAGGAAUCACUCAGAUCCAAAUCGUCCCGAGAAGAACUCUGCUCCUCGAUCCGCAAACCAGCUCGACCACCAUUCACGAACUCCAACCUUUCACUUCGUACAACGUUAACGUCAGCGCCGUUCCUCCCGAUGGCCAGUACAGACCACCUGCCAAAAUAAAAGUCACCACCCAAAUGGCCGCUCCAAAACCCAUGGUCAAACCCGAUUUCUACGGAGUCGUCAAGAGCGAAGAGAUUCAUGUCAUUCUGCCGCAAGCCUCCGAAGAGUACGGACCCAUCGCUUAUUACUACUUGAUCGUUGUGCCCGAAGAUAAAUCUACAGCUAAUAAACAACCGGACGAACUCACCGAAGACAUGAUCACCGGGAACGGGGGAAAACAGGAAAGAGAAAACGCUCCUUACAUCGCAGCCAAAUUCUCUCAUCGCAAUAUCCCUUACACUUUCCAUCUUGGCAGUGGAGAUACGUACGAAGGUUAUGAGAAUCGGAAACUCGAAGGGAACAAACGGUACAGAAUUUUCGUCAGAGCCGUCGUCGAUACACCUAAAAAGCAUCUGUACACAUCGUCACCGUUCUCGGAGUAUUUGUCACUCGACAUGAGGGAGGUGCCACCGGGUGACCCGCCGAGUCGUCCAAACCCGAACAACCCCGUUGACGGGAAUCCAGAAGUCUCGGUUACAAACAGCGGCCAAGAACCCGGCAUGGUUUGGGUCGUUGGUCCAAUAAUAGCGGUUCUCAUGGUGUGCGUUUGCCUCGUUCUCUUGUCCGUCAUAAAAAAACGCAGACAGCCGUGUAAAGCACCGGAUCAGGCAGCCGUGACAAGGCCUCUGAUGGCAGCCGACAUAAGUUCGAACCAUGCACCGUUGGAUCCGGUUGAGAUGCGACGUAUGAACUUUCAAACGCCCGGGAUGAUAUCGCACCCACCAAUACCGAUAAGCGAACUGGGCAAUCACAUAGAGCGUCUAAAAGCCAAUGACAAUCUGAAGUUUAGCCAGGAGUACGAAUCGAUUGAACCGGGCCAGCAAUUCACGUGGGAUCAUUCGAACAUGGAAGUGAACACGUCGAAGAAUCGUUACGCAAACGUCAUAGCGUACGAUCAUUCUCGAGUUAUUUUACAGACGAUCGACGGUAUCCCGGGCUCGGAUUACAUAAACGCGAAUUAUUGCGACGGUUACCGAAAACAAAACGCUUACGUCGCGACCCAGGGACCGCUGCAAGAAACGUUCGCUGAUUUUUGGCGGAUGUGCUGGGAAUUGAGAACGAGCACGAUCGUAAUGAUGACAAAAUUGGAAGAGAGAACGAGAAUAAAGUGCGAUCAAUACUGGCCAACCCGCGGGGCUGAGACUUACGGUCAAAUGACCGUAACUAUAAGCGACGUUCAAGAACUCGCGACUUAUUGUAUACGCACCUUCCAAGUCUGUCGCAACGGUUAUUCGGAGCGACGGGAAAUAAAACAGUUGCAAUUCACCGCUUGGCCCGAUCACGGUGUCCCGGAACAUCCAGCUCCUUUCUUGCAGUUCUUGCGACGCGUUAGAACUCUCAAUUUACCGGAUUGCGGACCGUUGGUCGUUCACUGUAGCGCCGGUGUCGGUAGAACCGGUUGUUUCAUCGUCAUCGACUCGAUGCUCGAGAGAAUAAAACACGAAAAAAUGAUCGAUAUUUACGGUCACGUAACUUGUCUCAGGGCACAAAGAAAUUACAUGGUACAGACCGAGGAUCAAUACAUAUUUAUUCACGAUGCACUUUUCGAGGCUGUUUUAUGCGGUAACACCGAAGUACCAGCGAGAAAUUUACAUUCUCACAUCCAAAAACUCAUGCAACCAGAAUUGGAUAACAUCACGGGUAUGGAACUGGAGUUCAAAAAAUUAUCCAACAUUAAGGCUGACUCGACGAGAUUCAUAUCUGCUAAUUUACCCUGCAACAAGCACAAGAAUCGUCUCGUUCAUAUUCUGCCUUACGAGUGCACCAGAGUCUGUCUACAACCGCAACGCAAUAUCGAAGGCUCCGAUUAUAUUAACGCCAGUCUCAUCGACGGCUAUCGUUAUCGGGCUGCUUACAUCGCCACCCAAGGCCCUCUCAACGAUACGACCGAUGACUUUUGGCGCAUGCUCUGGGAACACAAUUCUACGAUAGUCGUUAUGCUUACUAAACUGAAAGAGAUGGGGCGUGAGAAGUGCCAUCAAUACUGGCCUUCUGAUCGCUCGAUACGCUAUCAGUGCUUCGUCGUUGAUCCUAUCGCCGAAUAUAAUAUGCCACAAUAUAUUCUACGUGAAUUCAAAGUGACGGACGCUCGGGACGGUGCCAGCCGUACCGUCAGACAAUUUCAAUUCAUCGAUUGGCCCGAACAAGGCGUACCCAAAUCCGGCGACGGUUUUAUCGACUUCAUCGGCCAGGUACACAAAACUAAGGAACAGUUCGGACAGGAUGGACCAAUCACUGUUCAUUGCAGCGCCGGCGUUGGACGCACCGGCGUUUUCAUUACUCUCAGUAUCGUUCUCGAGAGAAUGCAGUACGAGGGCGUCGUUGAUAUCUUCCAAACUGUUCGGAUACUCCGGACUCAGCGUCCUGCUAUGGUUCAAACUGAGGAUCAAUAUCAAUUCUGUUACCGAGCGAGUUUGGAAUAUUUAGGCUCGUUCGAUCAUUACGCCAACUGACAAGCGGAAACUCGCGAGCCGAGAGAACAACAACAACCUUCUACGAGGGACCGAGGAGAUCGUCAACACGGCACAAGAAUGAGAGACAGCGGUGAACGAGCCAAAGUCCGACGAGUUUAACGAGGCUUAAACGAAAAUAUCGAAUAUCGUGUACGAUUUCUCGGUCUGAAUCUCGAAACUAUCGAAGUGAGUAUUCAAGGGGAACGAUUUUUUCUCGAGAAGGCCGCGCGUUUUCGUUGUGUCUGUGUGUCACGAGCUCGCAACGACAAUACUAAAAUCACACUCUUGCCCGCGAUACAUAUAUAAUGAUAAUAGUAUAUGUAAAAAACCAUUGAUGAAACAAACAAAAGCGAAUGGAAGGAAGAAAACAAAAAGAAGAAUCUAGGAGCGAUAUAGAUUCGUCGUUUCACCGUAAAAGAUACAAACGUCUAUCGUUAAUUAAUUAGCUUUUACCGCGAUGAUUAAUCAAGGAAUCGAACGGUGUAGAUUUUGACUUAGCGUAUACGGUGUUGUUAUAUAACGAGAAAUAAUUAUAGUGAUAAUUAUAGGUAACGAAAAAAUUCACGAUCGCUUCGUUCGAUCUUCAAUGACGGAGUAAGACUGCCAUUUGUAUUAGGCAACGUAUCCUCCUUUUUAUCCUCAUCCUCAUUUAUUUCUCAUUCCACAAUGUCAUCAAAUUUGUUUCGUUGCAAUUCAAGGAAAUUUCUUCCUUCUUUUCUUCAACGAUAGCCCAUUAUUUUGGUGUAAAUUUGAAGUACAAAAGUUGUACGAACGUUGGAUUCCUGAGGGCACCCCAGAACAUUUUUCUGGUUUGGGGAAAAUCUGCCACGACGAAUUCGUGGGCAUUUUGCCGAGCAGAAAACGUGUCGGAGGGGAAGAAUUUUCAUUGCAUUCCAAAGAUUCGAAAUUCCAGUGUCAUCCCAUUCCCCACAUCGUCGCGUCGAGUUUCUUUUGAAACGAAGCCUUAAAUGAAUCAUCGUUAGACGCGAAAGAUGCGACGAAAGAUUGAGAAUUUUUUGCACCCGUGUUCUCAGACCUUUUCGGCGAAGGUUUGACCUUCGUUUAUCUCGUAAAAGCAACGAGAUGCCAAUCGAGUAUAAAUUCAAUGCUGAGGACGUAUGAUGUGCAACGAAUUUUCAAACCAGGAUCUCACGAAUUGUCCAUUACAAAUGAACCAAGGUAAAAUCCAUCCAGGAUUACCUCUCGACAUUUGCCGAAUGUCGCAUCGCGUUUCAAAUCGAAUUCGCUGAAGAAAAAAAAAGAGAGAGAGAGGGAUAAAAAAUGAAUGAAAAUAAGGACAACGUUUCGGACGCACUCAUGACUCAUUGAAUCGAAACACAUAUCUGUGAGUGCGACGAAAUCGUUUGAUCUUGAGCCUCCUUCGAAAUAUAAAAAAGAACUUUUUGAAAUACUUUUUAAACACACACACGUACACACAAACAUGCAUACACGUAAAGCAAACGUAAAACGUUUUUUCCACCGUUGUUGUUUUUUUAAUGGACUUUUUCUUCUUUUUUAAUCUCGCUAGCCUAACUCUAAGAUAGACUGACGUUGAUAUUACGUAUAUAUAAAUUGUUACCAUGACCUUAACUUUUUUAUUCUCUCUAUUCCAACGAAAACAGAGAAAACUACUAAUCCUCGACGUUGCCUCUCGGUUCUCUCUCUCUCUCUCUCUCUCUCUCUGUCUCUGCCUUUGUCUCUCCCAAACUCUCGGGCAUAUUCCUCAGAUACUUAAGGGCUGAUUAAUUAUAAAAAUCAUCAUUACUGUCAUAAGUCUGACGAUAAAAGUUACUGAGAUAAUGCUCGAUCAACGUUCUACCAGAAAUUUGCAAAACGGGUUUCAUCCUCAAACACCACACUCGUCGUUUUAUGAGUAAAAUCAUGAAAUAAAAUAAGAUUGUUUUUCUUUUUUACAAUCAAAUUUACACUUUCUAGAUAUUGCUAGAAAAAUAUUCAAUGCAAUGGAUGAUUCAGAAGCGUUCGAAAUCAAAUUGCAACAUCACGAAAUACGUAUUUCUAGAUUUUUUUUAAAACUCAAUAACUUUUUCUGCAUUAUUGCAAUCAACUAGAUACAUUUCUCAACGAGGAGUUGAGAGUACAACAAAAAUUCAAGCUCGUUCGAAAAUGUUCCUCCAAUUAAUUCGUUUGGAGAUUCUUUUUAUAAAACUUAUUGAAACACUAGAAAACUAUAACAAUUUCUGAUUAUUUUAGAUUGAAAUAUAGGAAAAAAACGUUCGCAUAAUUUUGAACAAGGUACUGUCCUGGGACAUUGCUAGUAUUUAUUCUAGUGUUAGACGAUUCUCUUCCUCCUCGUCCGAUGUAUCGAUUAUCAACAAAUCGAUAAAAUUGCCGAAUUAUAGGGAAAUAAAUGAGUAAUAAAGAAUAUGGCUAAAAUAGUGUGGUGUUCAGGGGUCAAGAAUGCUUCAAAAAUUCGUUCCCAAGCAAAAAUUCAUUUCAUAUAAAUUUUAGUAGGUUGCUGCAUAGCAAAAAUCCAAAAAAAAUCACGUAAAAGACGAACGAAAUGAUGCUUUAUUAAAAAGAAGUCUAUUGAUUUCAAAAAAAAACUGCCAAAAAGUAUAUUAAUAAAUUAAUUUCAACGUGAAAGAGCAUUAGAAUGAAUUUCGUUGAUUCGAACGUAUCAUCGUCGUGUUAAGUGAACCGACCUAUGAAAAUGAAUUUUUAUAAGAACCAUCAAUUUUUUACAUGUGUACAAGUUCCACGUGAAGUUAGAGAGCGAAAUUCCGCCUUACCGAUAACGUUGCUCGAUCGCGAUAGUGUGAAAGGCUGCGGAAUGAGCAUUUGCAUUUACGAUCAUAAAAAUCCUUCACGAAUGUAUUUUUUGCCGGAUUCAUACGCGAUUUCAAAGUACUUGAAAACCCCUCCAAUUUCCAGGUGAAACGUAUACGCGAGGCAUUCUCAAAAGAAACAUCAACCGAAUGAGAGCUUGUAUCGAAAUUUCGAGCGAAAGCCAGAGUCUGAGAGAAUAUGAAUGAGGAUGAGAAAGAGUAGUAGAGAAUAACUAAAGAAAUGGGAUAAAAUAAACGAAAAAAUAAAGCAUAUGAAAAGAAACAAAUGAAAUCAGCUCACUGACAAGCAAAUUGCCAUACUGCCAAAAUCGACAAUUAUAUCAAUGCUGUGUACCAAUUACGCACGACUGGGGGUGGAUCUUCUAAUAAUAUCCUACCGUGAAUUUAAUUAAAUUUUAAGCGAGAAAAACAAACAUUAACCUUGUAAACUUAGUCGUAAGGGAGCCCUUAGGUAAAUUAUAAAAACUAUUCAUUUCGAUGAAACGAAAAUCGAAGUUUCGAGCCACGGACCUCUGAAACUUGUGUAUACAUAGAUGCGUGUGCGUGUGUAAUGUGAGUGUGCGCGUUAAUGCGCUCGCAACUAAUAUUGUUGUAAAGACUCGAAAAACCGUGUGGUGUACAUUUCGAGCGUUUGACCGAGCGAGAAAGAGAUUGCGAAUUAUGAUUAUUACUAUCAUUAUCAUUAUUAUUAUUAUUAUUAUUAUGUAUGAAAUAGAAAAGCACUGUACGUUGAAAUUCACGCAAUGAUAUAUCCCGCGCCCUCGAGCUUGAAUAUUCUCAUUUAUAAUGCGCAUAUGUACAAAGUUUUCGAUCCAACAAACCCCAUUCUAUCCGCGCGAUAAACCCGUACGUACAAACUUUUACACCUUAUUUUAUCGACAUCAUUACUGAAUGUCGAAUAAACUUUCCUCCCCUGGCCCCCUCCAUGACUCCCCAACGGCCCUCUCAGCAGUCAGACCGACACGAGUGACCUACGAAAAUAAACAUAUGAAAAUUAGUGGUUCGAAGUUUUUAAAAUACAAUGCCGAUCGCAAUUGGUAGUACAAACAUUUUGCUCGACUUCUCUUCGAUGAGGUCAUCGUCGUUAUUGUGUUGCGUUCGAAGAUUAGUGUAUAUUUGUAAAAUCAGUAUUACAACGUUUUUCUUUUUGUUUAUGUAAUCAUUAGAAAUUUUAAUAAUGUACGAUGAAUCGUUUGGAACGCGGAUUUAUUGCUGAUUUGACGUUUCACAAUCGUCACGGAGAACUCAACGUUCUUUUCUUAGUUCAGGUACAAUCCUAUAUGCGCGAAAUCGGGUCCUGAGUUGCAGAGGACUCGAGGCUAGAAGAGCAGCUUAUAUUUUGUGAGGCAGCAGGCAAAAUAUUGCGAAGAAAAUCGAUCAAGAUUAUUGAAAUAUUUAGUAAGAGGUCUGAAAACGUGAGCGCAAGACUAAAAGGGCAGCUUGAAUUGGGUGAACGCGACACAGUCGUCAAAAAAGUCUCGGAAGGAAAUCAAUAGAGAUUUUUUAUAUUUAGCAGCUAUUUCGAAGUAGCUUUUAAUUCAUUUGAACACUACUGAAAGUCGGAGAGUAUUAAUCACUGUGAAAAAGGCAGGGUAAAUGAGAAAAUAGUCAAAUUAUAAUGCAGUGGAAGGGUAACGUUGAAAAAAAAAAUCGAAACAAGAAAACCACCAAUGGUCAUCCUACGAAAUAGCAAAAAUGCAGGGUUUAUUUAGCAAUUAGUUUUAGUUUUUAUUUUGGCACAUAUAAUUUAUAGCACCAAGAAUAUAAACGAAUUAGCGGAAGCUUCCAAUAUAAAAACGCGUUGAAUGCUAUUUAUUUUUGUAAACAUUUCCUCGUUGCUUCGAACGCCCAAUACGACGAACGAAUCAUUGAUAAACUAAACGUCGGUUGAAUGAAUAAGAAAAGGCAAAAAAAAAAAAAUCUCUUAUAGCGACUGUGUAAAUGACAAUAAGCGAGCGUUUAUUUACAGCGUCUCGCUUUUCGUACGUCAGCAUCGUACAAAUCGUCACUCGUGUCCUUAGCUGUGCCACAAAGUCCCUUAAACGUAAAGACUUUUGAAAAGAAUACAAAAAAAGAUUUUACGCGAUGCUAAAAUCCUGAUUUAUCUUAUUACAUAUUUCUAAACUUUUUUCUCUUCCUCAUUACGUUCAUUUUGACCGAGAUAAAUAUCUAUAUCUAUUGCCGUCCAUAUGCGUUUAUUACCACACUAUUUCGCUAGCGAUCGAUCUUCUCGUACUAAUUUAAAUCAUUUUCACGCUCUAUACUCUUACAUCAUCCAUUUAGCACCAAACGAAACUUCACUUGGAGCGCGCGUAUAUCUGACAAUAUGUGAACAAACAAUGCCUUCGUACGAUGUCCAUGUUAAUAUUUCAUUUAUAGUUAUACGAACCCAUUUUUGGACACUGUGUGUCUCCGAUUAUGCGCUAUGAUGAGGCAAAUAAGCCAAGUGAGGGGGCCGGGAAUAUUCACGACUAUGUGUACAUAAAUGCACCGUCUGUCAUUGAUAGCAUUAUAUAAAUAUAUAUACUUUAUACAUAAGAAACUUAAAAAAAUAAUAUAUAUAUAUAUAUAUAAAUAUAAAGAAUAAUUAAAAAAAUUAGUUUUAAGUAUAAUUCUAAAGCGAAGAAGAAGAGGAGGGCGAUUUUACGAACAAUUUCAACGUUCCGAUCUAAAAUUUGCCCACAUUAUCCAGGAUAAUAAGCGUUGCAAUAUAAAAACAAAAAAAAUAACACUUAAAAGAUGAUAAAAAAAAAUGGCGGAUGGAUAAUAUUCGCAAGCGUAAACCGAAUCUAUUUGUACAUUUAACAGCCAUAUAUUUUAAUGCGUUUCGACUUCGUUUGUUCUUUAUACUUAUCUGUUUAAACAUUUGAACAUGUUUUUUGUUUUUUUUUUUUUUCCUAUCCAUACGUUCAUUUUUUUACAUUUUUUUACGGACUGAAUAAUCAAGCAGUGUACGUGUUUUUAAGGAUAUCGUUUAGAUUUAAACAGCCGGUUAACAGACGCGUUGUUGCAUGUGAUAAUGUUUUGAUUUUUCACUUUGAAAUGAAAAAAAAGAAACGUUUCAUUCUUUUCGAUGUACACUUUUGGCAGAUUUUCGAAAGCAGACUAAAAAUGUCUCUUAUUAGAUUUAUUACGUAGGAUUUUACAAUUUUUAUUGUAACGAGGAGAACGACUUUUAGGACGUAAAGAAACUCGUCGGUCUCACGAACCCACUUUUCUUUUCCAAUUGAUCAUGUGUCUUUUUGGUCUAAUACUCGCAAACACGAUGAACAAUCUUCUCUCGUAGAGACACAUACGCUCGAGGGAAAAUGAAAAUAAGAAACAACCGGGCCAAAGCCUACUUAAAACUCGUGCGGUUUACUUAUAAUUAUUAUACGUUUUUCACAUUCCGAGAUUCGAUUAUUUCUUCGUAUUAUAUAAAUAUAAAUAUAAAUGUAGUAUGUAACACACGUACGCGCAAUUGCCGCAUUUAUCAUCUCUAUUGUUAAGGAGCUAUACUUUUACCCAAAUACCCUUGAUAUGAGAGAAACAAAAAAAAAGGAAGAAGAACACACUAAAAUCACUUACAAUACGUUGAUCGACUUUUCGCAAAUUUCUGGCUGCUCCAUUUCUCAACGGAUCUGUCUGAUUACCAAUAUUUCAUGAUAUACAAGCGAAAAACAAUUCUUACUCACUACUGAAUUCAGGGACACUCGUCACUCUUUCGAAUCACACUUACUUUUUCUGUACUCUUCAUUUUUCAAAUUAUCAAACGAAAAUCUUGUACUUUUUGGAUCGAAAUAAUCCGUAAUCAAUUCUUCAAUCGUGUAUUUCGUGUCGUCACUGCGUAUAAUUGAACAUUGGAACAGUAGAGUCAUUUCUUUCAUGGAUUAAUCGGUUAGCUGAAACAAAACAAAACCAGUUUUUGAAAAACCAAUUGAAUUUAAUGAAAAUCGAAAGAAGAUUUCGACAAAUUUUGCUUGUUCAAAUGGAAGAAAAACAUCUUCCACGGGGUCAUGAAUAAUGGUAUGCAGUGACGAAUGCAUUAAAAAAAUAUUUAGAAGAAAACAUUCUUCCAAUUCGAAUUUACGUUGAACAAGUAACAAGUUUAUUGAAAGAAUUUUGUCUACAACUUAAAACUUCUAAAAUAAUGGAAAAAGAUAAAUGAAAAAAUUUGACUGGGCUUUGAAAUCGUAACGAAAUGGAAAAAUAAUCUCGUGUGCAAAAAAAAAUGUCAAUAACCGAGAUUAAUCCGCGAAACAGAGGAUUGGAAAACUAUAAAGUUGGUAUUGAUCUUGACUCGGUCGAAGGGAUAGAGUUUAAAUUGUACACAUUUAUACACGAAGAAUAAAAGAAUUUUAAAAAACAAGCAAAUGACACACACACACAGAGUGCGAGACGCCGAGGAGGAAAGAGGAGAAAAAGGGGCGGAGUCAAAUACUAAAUAACGUUGAGAUAAUGGUAAAUUAUUUUGUGAUACUUUCUUGCCAGAAAGAAUACAACAGGCUGAGGCGAAAAUAAUAGUAAAUACGAUGUUACUGAUUAUAAUAAAAAUAAUUGAAAAAAAAUGAUGAAAAAAAAAAACAAAAGAAAACAAAAAAUAUACAUAAAUUAAUUAUUGUGUAAUAGGACGAAUAUGUGAACAAGGAGAAAUACCAUGUACAUUAUGUAUUGCCCAAUGGCAUCAAAUAUAGUAGCGACUGACAGUGUA